ACCCCUCGGCCCCGCUCGGGCUUUCGGCUCCCUCCGGAUCCGCUCGGCUCUUUCCGGGACCGCCCGGGUGGCCGGCCCCGCCCCCAGCUGGACCCGAACGCGGAAGUGCGGAGGCUGCCGCAGGGGAGCCGCGAGCGGAAGAUGGAGGAGCCAUGUGGGGCAGAGGGGCUGGGUGGGGGGGCCACAGCCCCCCAGGAGCCCGGCGUGUUGGUGGAGGCGGUGGGCGCAGAGCAGCAGGACCCCGGGGGGACGAUCCAGGCGCUGCAGGAGGAGCUGUCGGCCGCGCUGGCCGAGGUAGAGACGCUGCGAGCCGUGGCCACCGUGAGCGAGGACACCAAGCAGGAGGCUGUGGCCGCCGUGCGGCGUCAGUGCCAGGAGGAGGUGGCCUCGUUGCAGGCCAUCCUCAAAGACACCAUCAGCAGCUAUGAGGCGCGCCUGGAGGCCCUGCAGCAGGAGCAGCACGGUGGGGGCUCAUGGGGGAGCCGGGAGCUGAGCCGCCUGCAGCAGCAGCAGACGCAGGGAAACCCCCUGGACUCACUGGAGCAGCAGAUGGAGAAGGCACAGGAGGACUCCGAGCGGCUGCGCAGCAUCGUGCUGCCCAUGGAGGAGGAGAUCGCCCAGCUCAAGAGCAAACUCUCCCGGGCUGAGGGACUGAUCCAGGGGCUGCGGAGGCCUGAGGGCUCGCUCUGCGUCUCAUCGGAGUCCCUGCUGUCUGACAGGGAGACUCCCAGCCGGAUUCCCCCUGCCCACCCUGGGGGAGAGGGGGAUGAAGGCUCUGGACCAGAGGGCGAGGAGGAGCUGGGAGGGGGCCUGGCCUUCACCCGCGGCUGCGACAGCGUCUCCAUCAUCUCCAUCGCCAGCUCCAGCGCUGGUUCCCCCCGGCUCUGCCGCCGCCCCAGCCCGGAGCACGAGGACACAGCCUCCCUGCUGUCCACUGGCACCCUUGUGCCCGAGAGCAUCUACCUGCCGCCCCCCGGCUUCCGGCUGGUGCCUGAUGGGGAGUGGGCGCAACUGCAGCAGGAGGCCAGCCAGCGCACACCAGGAGUCCCUGCAGCAGCGAGUGAGAGAGCUGGAGUGCAACGAGGAGAAGCUGGACUUGCAGAGCUGCAGGCCCUGGUGUGCCGGCUGCAGGACGAGGCCAGGACCAUGCGCCGAGCCAGCGAGCACCAUAGCGAGCGGCUGCGCAUUGAGAUCGUCACACUGCGUGAGCGGCUGGAUGAGGAGGAGGCCACCCGGGCCCGGCUGCAGGGGGUACUGGAGGCCCAGCUGGGGGCCCAGCGUGAGGAGAGCCAGCUCAUGGAGGCCUCCCUGUGCAGCGUCCGGUCGGAGAUGGAGCGGCUACAGCAGCAGCUGGGGCAGGCAGAGCAACGGGCGCAGGGGCUGGAGCAGGACGUGCAGCGGCUCCAUGGGGACCUGACUCAGCGCGACCAGCAGGGCCAGGCCUGGGAACAGGAGAAGGCCAGGCUGGAGGCAGCGCUGUCCGAGCAGCGGGGGAAGCUGCAGCGGUUGCAGGCGGAGCUGGACACCAGUGAGCAGGUGCAGAGAGACUUUGUCCGCCUCUCGCAGACUCUGCAGGUGCAGCUGGAGAGGAUCCGCCAGGCCCCCUCGCUGGAGCAGGUGCGCAGCAUUGUGGAUGGGACACGGCUGAAGGAUGUAGCAGAGCUCAAGGAGCCCUGAGAGGCUGGGACAGCAAGGGGCCCUCCCCCUAGGGGGGGCAUGGAUGCCGCCUACCCUCCCCCUGUGCGGGCACAGACUCCAACCCCUUUCCCUCCCCACCAGGGGGCCUUGGAACUGGCCAGGCUCUGAGUGGCUAUCCUCUACUAACCCCCUCCUCCAGGCACCUGUGGGGGAUUGGGGCCGUCAGCCUGGGGAGACAGGUCCCAGCCCCUCUCUGCCCACCCGUCCCAGCUCGGGGAUGGUGCCCCCCACGCACACUAACCAAAGAUGCAGCUGCUGUCCACCCCUCCACACACACACAAGAGCGAGGCCUAUGGGGGAAGGAGUCAUGGCAUGGCCCCAGCUCUGGCUGCCACCACAAGAAACAGCCUGUUACUGACAGUUACUAACACUGAGGAGGGAUUUGGACUCGAACUGGGGGAGGCCAGCUCCGACUCGGUGUCCAUCCUCCAUUCCCCAGGUUCCUUCCCCCCACAAUGGGUGGGAAGGGGCUGGGCCAAGCAGGGCCCGCCGGCUCCCCUGACACUAACACUCCUCCAGCCUGCCUUUGUGUGGAGGGCCCACAGGGGGCAGGGUUAAUAAAGGUGAUUUUGUGACCAUA